AUGAGCGAUUUCAAAUGGAAGCGGAACUUUGUUGCUGAAUGCAGUUACCCUGCCAUCCCUGUCGUCAACGCUCUGGCCCGGUAUAUUUAUGAGGGAACGCGCUCUGGAUCUUGGGAAGGAAUGGAAGAGUCCAGCGAGAAAAUUUGCGAUGUGGCGUUUCAUGUCUUUGAUCGAUAUGGAACAUGCAAUGAGGAACUGGUGUAUGGGGAAGCGAGCUUGACCUUGGCCUGUCUUUUCCUCCUUGAAAAGCUUCAUUUCACAGCACUUGAACUACAUCGGAAAGGGCUGGGACAAAAAUUAGUCGAAAAUGCAGAUCAUAUUUGCGGUCCUAACGAGGCUUUUGAGCGAGCAUGGACUUUACAUACUUGGGUCAGUCCUGGAUAUCCAGCAGCUAAACUUAACUCGCAAUUAGUGGGCAAAUCCGUACAAGAACGCUUUACGAUAUGGGAUCAAGUCCGGUCCGGUGCUAUUGAUUUUUGGCGAUCACCCUCCCGCGGUUUUGCAUCUUUAAUCUCCAGCAUUAGUCUCGUGCCAUUACGGCGACUUCGGGUUUUGACCCGCGUAGAAGCCAUACUGGAGACCUUAAGGACGAAAGACUAUAACUUGUCCACGAGUGAAGUUAUUUCAUUGAAGUAG